CAACGCAGCCCGGCCCCGCCCCUAUUUGAUGUUAGCCGGCAUCCGGUUCCGGUUCCCAGGCUGAAUUGGCAGGGUCUUUAUUUUGGAGCUGCUGAGGCUUGGCUGCUGGUGUGGACCUUGCCCAAGAUGGACAGCCGGAUUCCUUAUGAUGACUACCCAGUGGUUUUCCUGCCUGCCUAUGAGAAUCCCCCAGCAUGGAUUCCUCCUCAUGAGAGAGUAUACCACCCAGACUACAACAAUGAGUUGACCCAGUUUCUGCCCCGAAUUGUCACACUGAAGAAGCCUCCUGGAGCUCAGUUGGGAUUUAACAUCCGAGGAGGAAAGGCUUCCCAGCUAGGCAUCUUCAUCUCCAAGGUGAUUCCUGACUCUGAUGCACAUCGAGCAGGACUUCAAGAAGGGGACCAAGUUCUGGCUGUGAAUGAUGUGGAUUUCCAAGAUAUUGAGCACAGCAAGGCUGUUGAGAUCCUGAAGACAGCCCGUGAAAUCAGCAUGCGUGUGCGCUUCUUUCCCUACAAUUAUCAUCGCCAAAAAGAGAGGACUGUGCACUAGAGAGUUGCAGCUCACUAGACAGUUGCAGCCCAAGCUGACUGGGCCCCAGGGAAGCCACUUAGGAAAUUCUUUCCUCAGCCCCUUCCUGACACAUUGGGUGGGGUGGAUGCAGAGACAUACAGCCAACUGCAUUGCCCAAACUGUACUGUAUUUUUAGUUCCCUGGUUUUCUCGAUGAGCUUCAUUCCAUGAAAGAAGGAUGGUGAAGUCUAGGAUAAGCCUAGCCUGUAGAGAACCCAGCUAGAAAAGAUAACACAUUUACUGGAUGCCAUAGGCUAGGUGCUUACACAUGUUAACAUUUUGAUUACAAAAAUCAGUAGAAAAAAAGAAUCUUCUAUUUGAUUUUCCUGGCCAUCUCAUCCCAUCCUUAUACUACUGGAACUCUCAUAUACACUUUGGGGACUCCAAUGAGACACUAUUUGCCUGUUCUCCAUCCUUGCCCCUCAAAAGUUAAACACAAUACUGAAUAAAUGUUGUGACUUUUGAAUGAUAA